ACUGAUUGUGAGUAAUGUGAACAUUGCUCUUGAUAAGUUCACACACAUAAUAGUCUCCUUUAAGACUUUUUCUGCUGACCAGUGCAUUUGAAUUCAACAUUUGAAUUUGACGCAUUUGAAUAGGGUAGCUAUUUGAAUAUGACAUUUGAAUGUUUCAAACAGUCGUCCAUUUCAGUUGAAGGACAUCUGUCUUUUUUCUCACUCUGUUUAAUUUAAGAUGUGAUUGUGUAUGUACAAGUGUCCAUAUCUGCGUAAAGGUUACUGCAGGUUGCAUAGUGCUUGCCUAAUAAGGAGUGAUUUGUUGUGCUUGACUAAUCUAUGGACUCUCCGAUUGAGCAACUGGAGACUGAAAAUACAGAAAGAUCAGGAGAGGAAAAAGAAAGGAAGAGAGGGAGAAAUUCAGAGACAACACAAAGCGGUACAAAGCAUAAAGGCAGAAAUCAGCAUAAUAGGAGGCGGGUAGGCAUACAGCGGUUGGACAUAGAGUAUUGUAAUAUAAAACAGGAAGUUGCAUGUUGAGAAUAAAUGUGGUCAGACAUUCGCUUUCCAGUUUCUGGCGGGGUGAAGAUCAAAAAAUUGACACUCACUCCAAAAGGAGUAGAAAAGAGAUAGAGUUCUGACUACAAUGGUGGAGGUGCAGAGAUAAUGUCUGUUGAGGAGAAAAGUGGGUGCCAGUAGAUGUAUGAGAAGGUAAGAGGCUACCUGUGGAGACGUGGUGGUUCAAUUAUGGGAGUGAAAUGCAGAGCUUGUGUGGCCAUCGUACUCAUCAUCCUUUUGCUUGGCUCCUUGUGGCUAUAUGGAAGUCUUGAACAUCAGUGGGAUACUUGUUUGAAGAUUUAUACUUCAAACAAAAAGUUUCCAUCUUUGAACAAAACUAAUAUCUCAGAAGAAGGCGAGGCUCCACUGAUACUGUGUCCUGGUCAGAGAUUUCAAGUUGCUGAAUUGCUGGCACACUUGCAGACUGCACCAGUCUCAGCCAAUGAUGUGCUGCUAAAGCCGUAUCUGGCCAGCUGGGAUGAACUUAUCAAGUUUAUGGAAGCCUUGGGACCGAUGGUUGGCUUAAUAUCUCAAGAAAUUGAAUCAAAGACUUCCAUCAUUCGUGAUCUGGCCCGAAAAGCAGAGGCAGAAGCAGAGAAGAGAAAAAUAUUGACUAUGGGGAGAGACUCAGACUUAGCUGUUUCUCAUAACAGACCUUCAAAUUCCUCUAAAACGGAUCUUAAAGUCUCAGGUGACACAUUUGGUUACACCUCCAUUCAGUCUAUGAUUAAGUGGGAGCUGGAGAACAAUUUGGUGAACUUUCAGACAUUUACAAACUCAGGAUGCAGGAAUCUGCUGCGUCUGCAUCGUGCUCUUCUGUGGCUGCAAAGCUUCCUGCUGGAGCUUUCGAAGGGUGGGGACGAAGGAGAGCCUCUGCGAAAGCCUUCUGAGCUCUGCAAAGAGACGUACCAGCGCACACUGUCCAAGCAUCAUACCUGGUGGGUGAGAAGAGCAGCGGAGCUGGCCUUUAUCGCAAUGCCUGAAAGACCUUAUUUUUUCAAGUUGGUGUGCGUGGACACGCAAGCGGAAGCAACGGUGGUGCUGGACAGGGUAGUGAGAGCCAUAGGAGAAGUGUACGAUAGGACUGAAGUAGCCCUAAAGGAACACAAUAUGCUGGAUCUACCUUGAACAGAAAAGGAGAGCGGGACAAUGAAAGCAUAAAGAGUGGAUAAGAAAUAUUAGGACCAAACCGACCACUGAUGAAGCAUGCAGUAUGCGAGUGGGACCAUCCUGAGAUCAAGGCGAGCAACAUAAACAUAAAACCAAGAAUGAAGAAACUUAUGUAUACAAUUAGUAUACAUUACACAGGAUGUUAAAAACAAGACUGGGACUUUUGAACCCUUAUGAGACAUUAAGUCAUACAGUUGCUGGAUAAAGUGAAAUCCAUAAACACUCUAAAAAUGGCAGGGUUAUUUUUGACCCAUAAUGGGUAAAUAUUGGACAGAACACGUGCUGGGUUAAAAUUACCCUGUGCUGGGUUAAAAAUGACCCAAUGUUGGGUUGUUGUUAUGCAACCAUGGGGUAUAAUAACCCAGCAUUGGGUAAAUUUUUAACCCAGCAUGUGUUCUGUCCAAUACCCUACUGAAAAAUCCAGCAAAGACCAGCAUAAGCUGGUAGCUGGUUUUAGCUGGUUUAAGGUGGCAGUAGCUGGUCUAAGCUGGUCCUCCCAGCCUGGCAAAGCUGGUCCUCCCAGCCUGGCAAAGCUGGUCAAGCUGGUGGAUCAGCUGGUCUUCCAGCAUGACCAGCUAAGUCCAGCUAGACCAGCUUAAAAAGUGACCAAAACACAGCUAGACCAGCUUGCUACACCAGCAAUACCAGCAAAAACCAAGCUGGGAGACCAGCUAAAACCAGCUCACCAGCUUAUGCUGGUCUUAGCUGGAUUUUUCAGUAGGGACCCAUUAUGGGUCAAAAAUAACCCAGCCAUUUUUAGAGUGAAUCCACAAAUUCAUUUUAUUAGGUAUUACUAAUGUACUUAAUGUCAGUUAUUUUUAAAAAUAUUUGUGAGUGAAAGAGGUAAAGAAAACAAAAACAGGCUAAUUUGCUGGUAAAACCACUUAACAAGGUUUAACUUAUUCUUAACCAAUACUUCAGCUGUGAAAUUCCUGGUUGGGUGGUUUAUAUAAAGUGCUUUUUGUCCAAAGAGAACAUAAUAAGGUGCUCGAUUUACCUCAUAUUGAAUUACAUACAUACUUUGCAGCUUGAGACUGGAACACAUAAAAAACUGUUUAUAUGAAACCUGUAGAAAAAUAAAGACUUGAUAUCUAUGGA